AUGGACGGCUAUUGGGAUGUUGUGGUGUCGUCCUUGCAAGACAUAUACAAUGCCAACGAGGUCAUUUCCUUCGAUGACGAUUUGCAGGCGAAAAAAGUGAGCUUCAUCAAUCUGUCAGAAGAUCAGCUGCAAUUGCAUCUAACCACAUUCCAGGAGCACAUGGAAAACAUCAACAGGGCGCAUCGUAUUCUCGAAAACGUGCGCUCCAAUCUGUCCUUGAUGCUGGACGAGCCGCCGGAGGAGAAGAAUGAGGAAAACACAGAAGAGGUAGAAGAUGAAGAGAAAGCGGCAACGCCCUCGCCACAGGGCAAGAAGACGCCAGGAAAGGCACCAGGCAAAGCACCAGGCAAAGCACCAGGCAAAGCACCAGGGAAGGCCCCAGGGAAAGCACCAGGAAAGGCUCCGGGAAAGGCUCCGGGAAAGGCCGGCAGGUCGUACUGGACCAGCGAGUACAACCCAAGUGCUCCGAUUUUGUUAGGCUCAGAGGUGGCCUACAAGCCCAGGAGAGGCAAUGCCGAUGGCGAAUGGAUCCAGUGUGAAGUGCUCAAGAUAAUAGCAGACGGAACGAGGUUUGAAGUUAGAGACCCUGAGCCAGACGAGUCGGGCAAUUCGGGCAAGGUUUUCAAGUGUAAUUGGAAAGAGUUAUUACUGAUUCCGCCAGGCUUCCCUACUAAAAACUAUCCACCAGGCACGAAAGUCUUGGCAAGGUACCCUGAAACCACGACUUUCUAUCCUGCAAUCGUCAUUGGAACCAAGAGAGACGGCACUUGCAGGCUGCGGUUCGAUGGGGAGGAAGAGGUAGACAAGGAAACGGAAGUAAUUCGCCGUCUGGUGUUGCCGUCGCCAAUGGUUUCGGCAAACCCAGCAAAGAAAUAG